UUUUCCUUUACUGCUGAAAAAGAAGGCUCAAGAAGAAGGGGGAAAAAAAAGUUUUGAGGUUUUGUUGAAGAUUUUCCUAAAGAAUUAUCUGAGAUUGCCACACAGCAGAAAUGGUUCAGCUGACAGGUACUCCUCUAAGUGCACUUGUUGAUGAGCCGGUACGUAUCCGGAUUUCAGGCCUGACUCCUUUUCAGAUUGUGACUCUUCAGGCAUCACUGAAAGAUGAGAAGGAGAACAUGUUUUAUUCUCAUGCCUACUAUAAGGCCAAUAAAGUUGGUGAGGUGGACUUGGAACAUGAUUCUGCGCUUGGAGGUGACUAUGUGGGAGUCCAUCCCAUGGGUCUCUUCUGGUCCUUGAAACCUGAAAAGCUAUCAAUUAGACUAUUGAAAAGAGAUGUGAUGAAUAGCCCUUUCCAGGUCCAAAUAAAACUUUGUGACCAAAUGUUACCACUAGGAAAUCAAGCUACUAGUACCUCAAAGGUCAGCCUGACUUUGGAAAGGUGGUAUGUGGCACCUGGUGUCACACGGAUCCAGGUAGAGGAAGGCCGCCUUCGAGGAGCCCUCUUUCUACCUUCUGGAGAGGGCCCUUUCCCAGGGGUAAUUGAUUUGUUUGGAGGUUCUGGUGGACUGUUUGAACACCGGUCCAGUCUCCUGGCCAGUCGUGGCUUUGCCUCAUUGGCCUUGGCUUACUGGGGCUAUAAAGACCUGCCUUCCCAACUGCAGAAAAUAGAUUUAGAGUAUUUUGAAGAAGCUUCCAACUUUCUCCUGAGACAUCCUAAGAUCUUUGGCCCAGGCAUUGGGGUAAUCGCUAUAUCCAAAGGAGCAGAGAUUGCACUGUCUAUGGCUGUUCACCUAAAACAAGUCACAGCCACCAUACUUAUAAAUGGGCCAACCUCCAUUUAUGGCUUUCCACAUGUAUACCGCGGUCAUACCUAUCAGCCUAUACCCUAUUCUAUACAGUUUCUAUCCACCAAUGCUUUGGGGUUUAUAGAGUUUGAUGGCAUUUAUAAGGAAAUUGGAGUUGAGGCUAGCCAGUCUUUUCUUCCCAUUGAAAAGGCCCAUGGGCACUUCCUCUUCAUUGUGGGAGAAGAUGAUAAAAAUACCAAUAGCAAAGAACAAGCUAAUAAAGCCACAGAACGGUUAAAGAGACAUGGGAAGAACAACUGGACCCUGCUAUCUUAUUCUGGGGCAGGCCAUUUGAUAGAGCCUCCCUACUCUCCCCUGUGCUGGGCGUCAAAGACCCCCAAUGUUUACACACCUCUCCACUGGGGAGGAGAGGUUAUUGCACAUGCAGCUGCACAGGAACAUUCUUGGAAGGAGAUCCAGAAAUUUCUCAGGAGGCACCUCAUUCCAAUGGUGACCAAUCAACUCUGAGAAGACUACAUAUUCCUGCGAAAUAGAGAAGAAAAUCUCUUCAUUAGCAUCUCUUGAUUUUCAUAGAGGAAGACCUUUGAUCUCUUACUGUUAAGAGGGAAGUUGUAACCAAAAAAAAAGGGCAGGAGGAGUGGGAAUGGUAAAGUCUUAAUUUUUGAAAGGGAAAUGGUUUCCAAUGAACCAAAUAUUAUACACUGAGAAUCUCUUUUUUGUAGAAAUAAUCUAUGCCUCUACCUGCCCUGAAAUAGUCUUCAUUUUAGCAAUUCUCAAUCAUAGCAAUUGUCAAGGGAAAAUUUACCAACAAUGAACCACAGAUAUGAAGAACAGAUAUGAAAAGAAUCAGAUGCUGACAUCUAUUUCCUAAAACUCAAAUAUUUGUAGAUUCCUCAUAGCUCAUUAAAAAUAUACUCAUAGCUCAUUGUUGCUUUGUUGUUAUUGGGAGGCUCGAGCCAGAUAAAGAAUGUGUUAUUUUAAGGCAAUGUGAAAGUUUAUUAUGGAUGUAAGAUCAUUGAAUCAGUCUACAAUCAAAAAUUCAACAAAAAUUAAUGAAAUUAAAUAAAAUUAUUUUUGUGUCUGAACAUGUACAGCAUGUUGGCAUUCUCAACAAUGAGAAAGCAGAAAUUUGAGAUUCAUAGACUUGCAAUUCAGGGAGUUAGCCAUAAUAAUGGGGAUUGUAUGUCUCUAGAUUAGGGUCUGGCAGACUUUUCCUGUAAAGUAACCAGAUGGUAAAUAUCUUCAGCUUUGUGAACCAUAAGAUCUCUGUUACUACUCCUUAGCUCUAUUACAGCACAAAAACUGUAAUAGCCAUAGGUAACUGUGUAAUGAAUG